AUGCCUAGUCGCAUUUUUCCACCGAGGUGCAUCAAGAUCUCGAUUCAAUCGAUUUGCGAUUUCCUCAAUUUGCGAGGUGUUGGUCGCGAUUUGUCAGUUGGGGGCCUUGGGGCUGCUGCCAGACUCAUGAUUGUUCUAUUCACGUUUUCUCCUGAUUUGAGAUGUACUCAUCGCGAUGUGCUGGCUGCGACUAUAAUAGUGAUGGCUCACAAUGCAUUUUGCCAUACUGCUCAAGGCUUUGAUAUCAACUCGCAGCUCACAUUUCGUAGCACGCAACUCAUGCCAACUUGCAAUUCGCAACUCGCAGUCGUAGCUCAUUCCUACCUUCCCCCGUUGACUCAUUGCUCACCGAGGCUUACUUUUGGGAGUGAUUUCAGUAUGGUUAUGACAUGGUGGUUUUGA